AUGAUACAAGCUUUGCUCGUCGCUCUCGCCGCCGCUGCGGUGGUAACUGCACAAACCUGUGCUCUGCCGUCCAGCUACAAAUGGAACUCCACUGCGGCGCUCGCAGCACCCAAAUCAGGUUGGGCCUCGCUCAAGGAUUUCACCCAUGCACCGUAUAAUGGCCAGCAUCUGGUUUAUGCCACCUAUCACGACACUGGCUCCACGUGGGGCUCGAUGGGCUUCAGCACCUUCAGCGACUGGAGUCAGAUGGGGUCGGCAACUCAAACGCAGAUGACUGCAGGCUCGGCAGUAGCGCCAACUCUCUUCCUCUUUGCCCCCAAAAACAUUUGGAUUCUUGCGCAUCAAUGGGGCUCGGCAACCUUCUCCUACCGUACCUCGACGAAUCCCACAAACGCAAACGGCUGGUCGGGCGACAAUACCCUCUUCACAGGCAAAAUUUCCAGCAGCAGCACUGGCGCAAUCGACCAAACUCUCAUCGGCGAUAGCUCCAACAUGUAUCUCUUCUUCGCGGGCGACAACGGCAGCAUCUACCGUGCCAGCAUGCCUAUUGGCAACUUCCCCGGCAGUUUUGGCUCGUCGUUCACCACCGUCAUGAGCGGCUCAAGUAACGACCUUUUCGAGGGUGUCCAGGUCUACAAGCUGAAAGGCCAAACCAAAUGGCUCAUGCUGGUCGAAUCAAUCGGUGGCAACGGACGCUACUUCCGCUCUUACACAGCGACAAGUCUCGGCGGCUCUUGGACUGCCGAUAAAACAAGCGAAAGCGCUCCAUUUGCCGGAAAGGCAAAUAGCGGCGCUAGCUGGACAAACGAUAUCAGUCACGGCGACCUUGUGCGCGACAAUGCGGACCAAACUAUGGAGGUCGAUCCGUGCCAUCUGCAAUUGUUGUACCAAGGACGCUCUCCAUCGUCUGGAGGCGACUACGGACUUUUGCCGUAUCGUCCCGGUGUUUUAACCCUGACAAAUCCUGGUACUGCUAGCGGUGGAACUGGCGGUGGAACUACAACGAUCACGACUACGACCACGACGGCCAACAACGGAGGUGGAACGGGAUGCACUACCCCCAUUUACGGACAAUGUGGGGGUGAUGGAUUUACGGGAUGCACCGUCUGCGCUGGAAGCACCUGCACCUUUUCAAAUCAAUGGUACUCGCAAUGUCUGUAG